CGCUUACUUUGGGUCAAGGGCGAUCCCGGCAAAGGAAAGACUAUGCUGCUAUGUGGCAUUAUAAAUGAGUUGAAACCGAGAAAAAUUGGACGCGAAAUCUAUUAUUUUCUCUGUCAAGCAACAGAUAUUCGCCUCAACAAUGCUGCGGCGAUACUACGAGGAUUGCUGCAUAUGAUAGUCUCACAGCAACCCUAUCUCAUCGUUUACCUGAGACACGAAUUUGACAAAUCUGGAAAAUCUGCUUUUGAAGGGACCAAUUCUUGGGUCGUUCUUUCUCGGAUAUUUGAGCAGAUGCUCAGAGAUGACUGUCUAAAGGAGCCAAUCUUCAUUAUCGAUGCACUGGAUGAGUGUGUCUCAUAUUUGGUA